AUGGAUAACUUCACGAGCGACUUGGAGAAGGACAACAAGGGAGGAGCCUUUGCUGAGUCUAUAGAGGUCUUUGGCGCUGAGCGUUAUGGUUCUGGCUACCACCUCAAAGCUGGCCAUGUUAGUAUGAUCGUCAUUGGUGGUGCUCUGGCCACAGGCUUGUUGAUUGGAUCAGGCUAUGCCACUGGCUAUGUGGACCCAGCUCUCGGGUUCUCGGCUGGCUACUGCUAUCUCUUUGGGUUCCUCAUAGCGAUUCCAAAUCAGAUCACUGCAGUUGCACUGAUCUUGUAG